AGUCAUGGCACAAAAAGCAGAGCAUGAUGAACAGCUUUGCCGCCCUGCCAGCCAUCCUACCGCAUCUUCAGGCCUCUGUGAUAGGCCUAACUAUUAAACGCGCAAAGACACAUUAUUAACCCUUGCAAUGUCACUCUCACCGUGAUGAAGACGGAAGCUGUGUUACUGACCUGGGCAAGUCGAAACCACCAGACUCCAAACAUAUUGUACACGGCAGAAUACCAGUGGGGAAGUAAGGGGAAGUUUGAAAGGAAAUGUAUUGACGUGAAAGAGCUGCGCUGUGAUUUUGGCAAACUGGGCAUUGGGCGUUACAAGUUCAGAGUAAGAGCCCAACUGAAAGAAAAAACGUCUGACUGGGUGACGACAGGAAGUCUUAGCCUCAACCCAAAAAUUGAGGCGUAUCCUCCCGUUGUGUCCAUGGUUGUGAGAGAUGGAGUGAUGGAGUUAAAUAUCACAGAGCCCAACUAUAUUCAAAGCUGCCCCAUGGACAGAAAAACGGUCUACGUCAAAUACUGGAGGGAAAAACAGGAAAAUGAGACAUGGCAGACAACAAUUCAGCAGAUGCCAGUGAGAGUGCCAGUGCACGUGCCCCCCUCGGCAAGACUGUGUGUGCAGGUGCACAUUCUAUGUUCAGAUGGCCGAGCUAGCCAGCCCAGUGAACAAGUUUGUGAGAAUAGUAAACCUGGAGGCCAUCCAUCUGCAGCCCUUAUCGGCUUUCUAGCAACUCUGGCCGCAUUUUCUGUGUUGAUGCUAAGCUGGUGUGUGUACAAUGGGAGAAACCUCCUUUACCCAAACGUGGCACUUCCACACCUUCUCAGACAGCCUCCCCUGUCGUCUGCUGACAUGUCCCAAGUGUUGGAGAUAGAGGAGCACUACCAGCUCAUCAGUGACAUGUCGGAGCCUCUCUGCCAUGGUGAAAGAAAUGGUUUAAACGAGACCGUGGAUGGAGGGCAGCCUGAUGGUGGCAUCUCUGUGUAUGCCUCUGUGAUGGUCGGCACAUAUGGGAACAGUGCUUUCCACCACAUAGGAGAACCUGCAGACACCAGUGUUAGACCUGAGCAGAGAUAUUACAAUAUGUGGUCCCCAUUGGAUCAUUAAAGGUGCACUGUGUUAUA